AUGAAUCGUAACGACUGUAAUAAUGAAAUUUUGAAAUUGAAUACAGCCGCAAAUAAUGAUUUGAUGCAAAAACCAAUUUUAUGGUCUGAUGCAAUUAAAAUACCAGCUGAGGUAAAUGUACUGCCACUUACAGAUAAAAUACCAGUUGAGGUAGAUGCAUCACCAUUCACUGUUGUAAACAGACCGAGGAAAAACCAAAACAAAAAUAUUCCUGAAAUGAAGAGUGAUGAAAAUAUCGUUAACACCGAAACUGGAAAAAAGAAAAAAGGUGUCAAAAAGAUAAUUGGAAACAAAGAUAGUGAAGAUUGUAAACUGAAGGCGAAUAAGAUUUUGAUUAAAAAAUCUUUCUUUUCAGUAAGUAACGUGAUGAAGUGUCACAGAAAUGAUGUAGUUGAAUAUCUAAAGUCAAAUGAUAUUAAUGUGUUAUCGUGUUACCCAGUGUUGAAGCGUUCAGAAAUGGCAAACGAUAGCACACCUGAUAUUGAAAAUGAGCAUUCAACAAUGUUUCGAGUUUGUGUAGAAAGUUGUGACAGCAAUAAAAUGAAAAAUCCUGAUAUCAUUCUGAAACAUAUUAUUGUAAAAGACUGGCACUUUAAAGAAAAAAAACCCGCAAAUAAUUUCGUGGAUAGUAAUUUUUCGGAUUGUUUUUUUACUAUUGACAAAAAUGAAGUAUGUGAAAAUGUUGAAAACUCUCAGCAAAAUAUUGCCAACAUAUGUAAGAUUUAUGAUGUAAAUGAUUUUAACUCUGAAAUGAAAAUAAUUAAAAAUCAAUUUAAUCAAAAUUUAUUCAAUAUUCUACAUAUAAACGUAAGAAGUUUGUUGAAUAAAUCUGAUGACAUUUAUGAUUUCUUGCGAGAAUUGAAUUUUGAGAUUGAUGUUCUCGCAAUUUCUGAAAGUUGGCUCAAUGACAGCAACGAAAAUUUGAUUGACAUUAACGGAUAUGUCUUUAAAGGUAAGCACCGAAGAAUAAAACACGGUGGAGGAGUCGGCUUUUACAAAAAAAACAAUUUAGAUUACAAAAUCCGAGACGACAUAACAAACGUAAAACCCGAUAGUAUACAAAAAUUAAAAAAUGAAGAAAUUGAAAUACCUGACCCAGCAAAUGCUUUAAAUAACUAUUUUGUUGAACACCGUAUUAACACCGAAUUUACUGAAGCUCAUUCCACGGAAUUCUCACUGGAAGAAUUACUUCAAGACAUUUGUUUCCAACUCGUUUUUUUGUAG